GCCGGUGCGUUUCAACUGUAAUGUUCAAACAAAGCAGGGCUGACCCCCCAGCCUCAUUUUAAACGGACCGCAAGUCGAGUAAAGCGGACAAGAGUGCUGCUGCUGCUGCUGUUUUAGGACAUUACAGACCCCGGCAUGAAUUCGGCCGAACAGACGGUAACCUGGCUCAUCACGCUGGGGGUCCUGGAGUCUCCCAAGAAGAGCAUCUCGGAUCCAGAGGCGUUUCUGCAGACGUCGCUGCAGGAUGGAGCGGUGCUGUGCAGGCUGCUGGAGCGACUCAGACCCGGGACGGUAGACAAAUUUUUCCAGGAACCGAGGGGCGACAGCGACUGUCAGAGGAACAUUACCGAGUUCAUUAACGGCUGCGGGGCUUUCGGUGUGGAGCCUUUUGAGGUCAACGACCUCCUGCAGGCACUGAACUUCUCCAAGGUCCUAAACUGUUUGGUCGCCCUUAAUAAAGCUACUGAAGCUGUAGGUGUUUCUGAAGACAGUGUGUGUGUGCCACGCUCUUCAACACUGAGGAUCAAAUCAUUUGACUCCCUGAACACACAGAGUCGCUCCUCUAAACUGCUGCAGCCUCAGUACCGAAGCCUGGACAUGUCAGAGGGUAGUGGGUGUGGCCACUUGCUGGUCCGGGCGCGCUUUCCCUUCCAGCAGACCAAUGAGGACGAACUCUCUUUCUCCAAGGGCGACAUCAUCAGUGUGAGCCGGCAGGAGGAGGGGGGCUGGUGGGAAGGCUCGUUCAACGGCAAGUCCGGGUGGUUCCCCAGCAACUACGUACGGGAGCUGAAAGGAAGCGAAAAGACAUCAGACAAGCCAAAGUCUGGGACCCUCAAAAGCCCCCCCAAAGGGUUUGACACCACUAUCAUCAGUAAGACCUACUACAACGUGGUCCUACAAAACAUCCUGGAAGCAGAGAGUGAAUAUUCCAGGGAGCUGCAGAGUCUCCUGGGCUCGUACCUGCGCUCGCUUCACCCCACAGACCGACUCAGCAGUAAUGACAUCACUCACAUUCAGGGAAAUCUGGAGGAGAUCUCAACCUUCCAGCAGAUGUUGGUUCAGUCCUUGGAGGAGCAUACAAAACUCCCAGAGAGCCAGCAGAGGAUUGGGGGCUUCUUCCUGAGUCUGAUGCCCCAGAUUAAGAUCAUCUAUGUGGCGUACUGCUCCAACCACCCGUCUGCUGUCAACGUACUCACACAGCACAGUGAGGAACUUGGGGAGUUCAUGGAGUCGAAGGGGGCGUCCACUCCCGGGAUUCUGACUCUGACCACUAGUCUGAGUAAACCCUUCACCAGACUGGAGAGAUACCCAACCCUGCUGAAAGAACUGGAGAGACACAUGGAGGACCAACACCCUGACAGAGCUGAUCUCCACGCUUGCAUGAUGACCUUUAAAAGCUUUGCAGCUCAGUGUCAGGAGGUGAGGAAGAAGAAGGACCUGGAGUUGCAGAUUUUAACAGAGCCAAUCAGAAACUGGGAAGGGGAUGACAUCAGAACCCUUGGCCCUGUUCUGCACAUGUCUCAGGCCACUGUCCACACGCAGAACUGCCAGGAGUCAAAUGAACGCUACCUCGUCCUCUUCCCCCACACUCUGCUCAUUCUCUCUGCCAGCCUAAGGAUGAGUGGAUUCAUCUAUCAGGGGAGGAUGCCACUGUCAGGGAUGCUCAUCUCUAGAAUAGAAGAUGGAGAAACCCUGAAGAAUGCUUUCGAAAUAUCCGGUGGCCAGUGUGAGCGGAUGCAGGUGGCAUGUAACAGUCAGCGCGAUCUACAGGACUGGUUGGACCUUCUCACCCAACACACACACACUCCGGCCGCGCACACAUACUCGCACAAGCCUCAGUCCGUCUGUCACACUUUGCCCUCUCACCCCGUCACUCCCUCCAGACACUCAGAGUCUCGUGGCGGGAGCGUUGGACACACAUACCACACCCUUCCCCAUCCGUCUUCAUAUGGGACGGCCCUCAGCAGCAGUCCAAUGUGGGGACCCUUGGAGCCACCGAGUACCCCCAAACCCUGGAGCCUGAGCUGCCUUCGCCCUGCGCCUCCACUCCGGCCCUCGGCUGCUCUCUGCCAGAAGGAGGAUGUGAGUAAGAGUCCUAAGAACAUGAAGAAGCUGCUCCCGAAGAGGAAGCCAGAGAGGAAACCUUCAGAAGAGGACUUCACUGUCAGAAAAAGUACAGCAGCUCUAGAGGAGGACGCUCAGAUCCUGAAAGUGAUUGAGGCCUACUGCACCAGUGCCAAGACAAGACAGACGCUUAACUCCAGCUCCAGCAGGAAGGAUGUGCACAUGCUGUUCCCAGAGGAGGAGAAGAUCAUAGUGGAGGAGACCAAGAGCAAUGGACAAACUGUAGUGGAGGAGAGGAGUCUGGUGGACACUGUGUACAGUCUGAAAGAUGAGGUGCAGGAACUCAAACAGGACAACAAGAGGAUGAGGAGGACGCUGGAGGAGGAGCAGCGGGCGAGGAAAGAGCUGGAGAGGAUUGUCAGGAGAGUUCUGAAGAACAUGAACGACCCAACCUGGGAUGAGACUAACCUCUGAGAUCGUCAUGGACGAGAUCCAGUUUCUGACUUUUAAAUGACCAAAAUGACUUGCUGUUCAACCUGCGUGGACAGAAGCUGCCAACACUUCAUGCCGCCAUUCAACAUGUCGUCACCAUUCUCCCUUGCUUCGACCUUCACAGUGACCUGUGUACCAAACUGGACCAACAGUAAACGCCUGCCAGCCAUCUGCAAAGCCAUCCUAACUGACCUUAAAGCUGUGAAGCCAAAUUACCUGGUAGGCAUGAUGACAUCACUUCCUGUCAUACUCCUUUUUUCUUUUCUUUUUUUUUUGCCUUCUUUGGAGCACUGACAAACGAAUCAUUUACUUGUGCAUUUUGCAUUCAUUCAUCCCUGUGCUUAUUCACAUUGAGUCUAAUAUGUCACCCUUCCAAGGUCAGUAUUUUAUUGACUGGCCUGGUGCAUGAAUGGAAACGCCACAUGGGUUUGUAGAUUUCAGAGAGAUAUCUGAGCGGUAUGUGAAACGUCCUCACUGAAACUUGAAUUUUUUUCAUUAGCAGCAAUUUUCUUUCAAUUUCAAAUGUGAAAUCAUUGUAUUAUUAUGUAAAAUACUGUUAAAAUUGUAUUUUAUGACAUAUGUUAAUGACUCACAGACCAAGCUGGUUUAUUUGUUAUGUCUAAUACAAAGUGUAAUAUGGCUCUCAGUCACUACAUUUUCAACUAAACCUAAAUUUACCAGCACUUAGAAGUGACCUCAUGUGUUCUGAGAUUAAUGAAAAUGAAUGCUGCCUCACGUGUUGCAGCAGACCGCCAUAUUAUUCCAUGGAUCCACUGCAUGGCUUCAUGGGAUAUGUACACUUCUGGACAAUGAUUAUUUGGAUUAUUUCCAAGACAGUAGUACCUUUUCUAUUUUACUGAGUUUUUAAACCCAGAUGAAUAAACUGCAAAUGAGUGAUGAAUGAUUGUUUGGAGGCUAAAGCUAAAGAAACAUUUGCUUUUGAUGAUUUAUCUGCUUUAAUUACCUGAAGGGUAGAUGAGAAUAUUUGAGCAUAUCAAAUCAAAAACAACACAUCUCAAAUGUGUAGUUGUUGGAAAAUUAUCUUGUUAUUGAAGGGAAGCUUGAGGGAGCUUUUCUCAGGAAUGAUCUUGACCAUCAGGGAGUUUCAUCUUUCAGCUCCGGAAUAACUUCGAUUUAUGAUUUCAUAUUCUGGUAGAUUGAUGCUGUGGCAAAGCAAUAUUUAGUGUGUGGUAUUUGAAGCAGGGAGAGAGAGAGGGUAAUAAGCUGUUUAAACAUUAUACAUGUCUGCCCAAAGCUCCAGUUGUGACAUUAAACUAUGUGCAGAUAACACAAACCGUGUUUCUGCUAAGUCACAGUUCACUUUGAAAUACUUGCGUCUUGCAGAGCUCUAACAACCGUGCUGCUGCAGUUUGUUUUCUGUCCAGUUCUACUGAAAUUCACACUGCCCACAAGUAUCCUUCUUCUUUGUUACUUAAAAUAAAAUCCUGACAGUUUCAUGCUGAAAAAUUCAGCUACAUGUCCACGUUUCACAGAAUCAGGAAGUUUAGUUUUGUGUAUGUUUAACUUUUUCUAAACUUGCUGUCACCACUUUUUGCAACAGCUCUUAAUAUUAUUUUUCACAAAGAAAAACAAUAGCUGUUUAAAGUGUGAGCUGAGAUGCAAUCAUGUGGCAUUAGAUAAAUCUUGUCAUGCCUUGUCGCUGUGCAUACAGUAAUAUGAAAGUAAUAAAAACUCCUAAUGUAAAAGCCCAGAAUGAAAGAAAUGUUAAGUGCAGCUCACUUCAUGAGUCAGCACAACAUAAAAUACAUGAUCAGCAAAAAAAAAACUUCACCUGAUCAUAAUAUGGAUUUUAAAUAGCAUACUGAGU